AUGAGGAGCAAUGGAGAAGAUAUGCUUGACAGGAAAAUUGUUGAAAAGGCUCUUCGAACUCUAACUGACAAGUUCACAUAUGUUGUAGUAUCCAUCGAAGAAUCAAAAGAUACUGAUAACAUGUCUAUCGAUGAACUACAAAGUUCAUUAGUGGUGCAUGAACAAAAAUUCCACCGACCAAGAAAUGAUGAUGAGGAACAAGCUCUGAAAGUAGAAGGUCACUCAGGAACAAACAAUAUAGAGAGAGCACCUUAUAGAAGAAGGGGACGAGGAAGAGAAAGAGGAAGAACAACUUUCAACAAAGUAACUGUUGAAUGUCAUAAAUUCCAUGACUUAGGACAUUUUCAGUAUGAAUGUCCAAAGUUGUACAAGGAAGUAAAUUAUGCAGAAGAAGAAGAAGAAGAAGAGUUGUUGUUAAUGGCCUAUAUAGAACAACAUGAAGCAAAGAGAAGCGAUUCAUGGUUCUUAAAUUUUGGAUGCUCAAAUCAUAUAUGUGGAAAUCAAGGACUGUUUUUAAGCUUGGACACAACUUUCUCUCACACUGUCAAGCUUGGAAAUAAUACAAGAAUAAAGGUUAUUGCAAAAGAAAUUGUGAAAUUAUUCUUGCAGAGAAUUUGUUAUUCUGUUGGUGAUGUAUAUCGGGUUCCUGAACUCACAAAUAAUCUCUUGAGCAAUGGGCAACUUCAAGAAAAAGGAUUAGCUGUGUUAUUUAAAGAUGGUGUUUUCAGUGUUUAUCAUCCACAGAGAGGAAAUAUGGCAAAAUCCAUUAUGAGUUCAAAUCGAAUGUUUAUUUGCUUGCUGAGCACUUAUCCACAAAUAUUGCAUCAAGAUGUCUCCAAAUUAAUAAUAUGGAUAAUUCAACUUUAUGGCACUACCGUUAUGGCCAUCUUAGUUACAAAGGCAUGCGCACCUUGA